AUGAAUUCACAUCCAACAGUCAGAUUUAAUGAUCCUCUGGCGACCAAGUAUUAUUCAAUGGAUGUAGAUGAUUCAACACAGUCCCGGACAUCAACAGAUGAUUUAUACCUUGGGCCAGAUGAUGACAUAGAAGAUGAUUCUGUGUCAUCCAGUGGUCCGGAUGUGUUGGCUGCAAUCCCCGUUCAGUACAUCGACCUGUACUUGUACCUUGGGCCUGAUGAGGAUCUGAUUGAUUGUGAUGAUGAGCCGGAGUCUGGCUAUGCACGUAGUGAGUCUCCAGUCGCAUCUGAAGUUUCCAUGUCAUCAAAUGAGAGACCUGUCAAACACGAUCCAGCACAUCCAGAGGUCACCAAUGAAGAUUUGUAUGUGAUGGUUUGUGAGUUUCGGCCAAUAGGGUCAUUUGAACACUCUGGAUUGCAAUCCCUUCAAGAUAGACUCAGCAGCUACAAACAAGAUAAUGGAGGUCUUCCGGUGCCUUCCAUACCACUACUCAUCGAGGUCGAGCAACCAUUUCAAAUGGCUUGGGCGGAUACAUCUGACAAGCUCCAGAGGGCUGAUUCUGGGCUACAGAGGCUGAGAAGAGCUGAACAGGCAAGCAUCAAAAUGCUCAAGGUGGUAGAUUCCAUGAUUUGUCAGUGUGAAGAACAAAACCAAAACUAA